AGCUUCUUUCAUUCAGAAGCUUGCCUCUUUUUCGGUGUUACGCGCUACCCUUCUGGUUUCACCCCAGGCAUCAGGCAAUGACACCUGUCGCAGUCUCAGGCAUGUCAGGUAAGGAGUCGCGGCGUGUCAUGAUCAUCUUCGAGAGUACACCAGGAGCUGUACGACACUAUUUGGCAGCUGGCCAUUGCUUGCAGCAGCAGGGCUUCAGCAUCUCCAUGGUGGGCCCACCAGAGGGCCAAAGCAUGGCGCAGCACUUUGGGCUGGCCUAUAUCAGCAACGGCCCAGCCAUCUCUGAAAUUUUGGCCAAGCCCAGCGUCAUAGCCGCAACGACAGCCAACAGCCUUAGCAAGUUUGAAGCCGCCCUGGCGACAGAGAUGGAGCCCUUUGAAGCGGCAAGCAUCCACAACCUUUGCAGCGCCGUGAAGGGGUUCGAUCCGCAGCUCCUGCUGAGCUCCUUGAGGAACUUUCACCGAGUCACGGCCAUCGGAAAUGCGCUGAACAUCCCUUUGCUUCCGCUGGCUCUUCAGGAGCCCAACAAGAGUUUCGGAGACUGCCUGGAGCCGGCUUGGGCGCAGAAGAAGGACGGCGAUUUGGCCGCCUUCCUGGCUAAGGAGCUUCGUAGGCUCAGCCCGAUCUACGAGCAAUCGCUGGGGGUUUCCCCGGUGGAUCACUGGCCAUCUGCAUCGCAGAUCAAGGCUCUCACAGGCGAGAAGCCCGUCUUCCCCUAUCUCACAAUCUACAACCAUGCCAUGCAUCAUUGUCACACGCGUCACCCGCCGGUGUUGCCUUUCGACAUCAAGAAGCCUUUCAUCGGAGAGCCAUCCCGAGUGCUUGCGCUUGGAAAUCUUCAACUGCCAGAGCAGGAAGAGAUGAGUGCAGCACACUUUGAUAAGAGCGAGGUCUUGCAGAUCGAGAAGUUCCUGGCCGACGCCCCUGGAGCAAAGCACACCGUCUAUGUCGGCUACGGCCACCUGAUCUGCAAAAGUACAAACUUCAUGGCUGGCCUCAUUCUUCGCUCGCUGAUGGCGUCCAACACGCAAGCUAUUGUUUACGCAGGUUCCGGCAUUGCCCUGGCGGCGAUUGAGCAGGAGGCAGACUUCAGUGCAUUGAAGGCAUUCUGCGAGAUCAACGUCCUUUUCGUCAAGAACCCGCCGGUUGUCAGAUUUCUUUCUAGGUGCUUGUGUUGUUUGCACGAGGGCAGCAACGCCAUGCUGAGCUUGGCGAGCAUGUACAGCCUCGUCUCCAUCAUGACGCCCAUCGCUGGAGCCCACUUCGCCAACGCAGCGGAGGCCGCCAAAGCCUCCCAGGGAGUGGCGCUGCCGGCCAUGGCAAAGAUGACAGUGGCGCAGCUUAGCAAAGUGCUGAGCGACUUCAAGGGCAACCACUGGAAGCAGCAACAUGAGUUGUGGUCAAGGUGGGAAGUCCAUGCGAAUGAUGAUGAGCUUGCCGCUGGUCGCCUUUCCAGAGAAAUCCAGCGAAUCUUUAAAGAGCUUGUUUCCACAGAGUACCUCAUAAAGGACAUGCAAGAGCUGAAGGCGGACGAGGGCAAUGGCCCGUGCCGAUGCUGCGCCUAUAAGAGAGUCCACGUGGCGUAGGACGCAAAGCCGUGAGGC